AAAAUAAAUACUAGUCCAGAGGCCAACCCCUCUUUUUGACUUGAGCUCGAGGACGUUAAUCUUACGCUAACCCAAAAAUAUUAUUGAAUGAGAAAAUUCUAGAAGAGCAAAGCAAAGCUAGCAAGCAACCCUCCUUUAUUUCGCCCUUUUCAUUUUCCCUUUCUUGCUCGUCAGCUUGCGGUUUCUAAUUUUGAAUCUUCACAUUUUCUUCAAAUUUGGGUGUUAGGUGAUUGAUUAUUGGGUUUGUGAAUUCGAUGGCAUCGAAAAGGAUACUCAAAGAGCUCAAGGAUUUGCAGAAGGAUCCUCCAACCUCCUGCAGUGCUGGCCCUGUAGCUGAAGACAUGUUUCAUUGGCAAGCAACCAUUAUGGGGCCUGCUGAUAGCCCAUAUGCCGGAGGAGUCUUUCUAGUCUCCAUUCAUUUCCCACCUGAUUACCCAUUUAAGCCGCCUAAGGUUGCAUUUAGGACCAAAGUGUUCCACCCAAAUAUCAAUAGCAAUGGAAGCAUAUGCUUAGAUAUUCUUAAAGAACAAUGGAGCCCUGCACUAACCAUUUCCAAGGUGCUGUUAUCUAUUUGUUCCCUGUUAACGGACCCAAACCCGGACGAUCCACUUGUUCCUGAAAUUGCUCAUAUGUACAAGACUGACAGGGCCAAGUAUGAGGCAACUGCUCGUAGCUGGACUCAGAAGUAUGCAAUGGGUUAAUGGUAAUAAAUUCCCCAGUAAUGCCCAAAAAAGAAAAGGGAUUUUCUAGUUCUAAUUUUGUUUAGUUGAAGGAAAAGAACUAUGUUAGAGUGAUAUAUCUCUCAAUGUUCUUGUCGGGGAUUCAAAAGUCUUUGAGGAAUUCAUUCUAUCAUUUUCUGAAUAUUUAUUUGAGGACAAUAGUGGGAGAAAACUGUAAUGUAAUGUUGCUGUGUUGUAGCCAAACUGAACGGUCUGCUUGGUGCUUGCCUAUCUCUUUCCAAUGUGAAAUAAUGCUUUAACUGCAAUUUUUAAAA